AUGAUGAGACUAACAUCCUUGAAGUUACCCCAUAGAAAACUACGAUAUGUCCCUUUCUCCUCGAUACCAGGAUGUAUCCUUGGUAGAUCAAUUACAUCAUAUAACGGUCAUCUUAUCACCCGCCAAAUGGAUGCUCUUUUAAAUACGGCUUGGAUACGGCAUCAUUUAUUUAUUUUGGGUUAUGAUCUUGUUAAAUUGGAAUUGUAUCAAAAACUCAGUCAUCUUCUUGGUAUGGGGGGUGGUGGAAUACUCAAAAACAUUGUUUUUGAAUUGUCUUCCUUUUUAAAAAGAGAGCUCAAACCAGGUGGAAAUUCAAGCAAGAUAGCACAACAGCUAAAAGAGAUGGUAGACUUUAAUUACGAUGAAUUUGAAAGAUAUGGAAGAGACUACAACAUGUUAUGCUAUAGCAACCGACGAAUUUCCGAAUUCAAGUGGUUUUUCAUUUCAGUAGGAUAUCAUAUAAUAUCACUGUCUACAAUAACAGUAGAACAACUUGCUGGUCAAAUAAUUGAUAUUUAUUUAAAGUCUACCAAUAAUAGAUUGCUUGAACUCAUUGAAUUUUCACAAGAUGAGGAUGUUUUAAACAGUUUAAGAGAAUAUUACGAAAAUGUGCCUAUUAACUAUAGGAAAUUAUAUAACAAGAGCCCUAGACGCAUCAACUUGAUUGAAUCCAAAAACUUCAAACUUGAACUACCGCCGUUACCAAGAAUAAAAGAUAAAGUUCUUUUAACGAAAUCUUUGAUGCACCAAGAAUUGUAUCGGGCUUUAUUUUCUUCUGGUCAUGGAUUUGCUGAGAUUAUGAGUAAAAAGCGAUAUUCCUUGGACUAUAGAUCACACAAUUUUAUAAAGUAUGAUUUGUCCUUUCUAGAUGGAUUAGGAGAUUUUUUUUUAGCAAGAGAGUCAUCAAAUUUGUUGUAUCGACUGCGCUAUCAUCCACUUUUCUUUAAAAGCAACCAAUUUGGUAAGAAAUCUUAUAACGUUUUAAGAACAAUAUUGACCACAAACACAUUAUUCUCCAAAUUAGCUAUUGCUUACAAUUUACACGAAGGCCUUGGCGAUUCUUUUGUUCAACAAAUGCUAAAAAAUGACUACGCCCCUAAUUUGACCAGCUCUAAGCAGCUGACUAUAAAUAAUAGUGCUAAAAUCAUAAGAUAUGAAGAAGAAUUUAUGGCCGAUUAUUUUGAAUCAUAUAUCGGAGCAUUGUUUCUUGAAGAUUCCAGUGCUGCUCAGACAUUCGUUUGUGAGUUAUAUGAAAGGAUACUUUGUCUGGUGGUAGAAGAAAAUGACAUCAUGACUCAAAAUGGAGACUAUAAAGCUUGGAGUAGAGAUAUCAUCGGUAGAGUAAUUUAA